GCGGAGGGAGCCCGGGGGGGGGGAGGGGGGCUCGGGCGGAGCGGGGGGGGGCCGGCGGCGCCAUGUGGUUUCUGUACGCGCUCAGCUGGCUGUCCCUGCUGCUGCAGGUCGCCUUCGUCACUCUGGCCAUCGCCGCCGGCCUCUACUACCUGGCUGAGCUGGUGGAGGAGUACACGGUUGUGACCAGGAGGAUCAUCAAGUACAUGAUCUGCUUCUCCACAGCCGUGCUGCUGGGCCUGUACCUCUUUGAGCGCUUCCCCGGCGCCAUGGUGGCCGUGGGGCUCUUCACCAACCUCGUCUACUUCGGCCUCCUGCAGAGCUUCCCCUUCAUCCUCCUCACCUCGCCCAACUUCCUGCUGUCCUGCGGUGAGCGGGGGGGGGGGGAGGGGGGGGGUAUUGGGGGGCUUUGGGGGGCUUUGAGGGGACGUGGGGGGGAUGUUGGGGUGUAG